CAUAUCGUCUACUAUUCCCUUGCUUUUAUAAGAGCAUCCUUUGUGCUUGGUCUGAGCCCUGUGAACCUGGCCUUGGCGGCUGCUCAAUGAGCAUUUCUGAGAGGAUGUGUUGGGAAGUAACACAUGAAACCUCUCCUGUCCUCUCAGUCUUGGUCCUUCACUGAGGUAGGGUGAACCUACCAGCCUCUGAGGUAACAAAGGCCAGUGUACAGUGUCACCAUGGCAACUCCAAUGAUCAGCUUGGAAGCCUGCUCCUUAGUAACCCACUGGUCCUCUAGGGUAUCAGUGUUACUCUAUCUGACCCUCCAGAGUGGUUCACCUGGGGAGGUGAGGCAGAGGUAGCUGUGAGGUGGUUGGGGCCUCCAUCGCCUCCUGAAGUUACAUUUUCCUUUUCCCCAUGCAGAGUUGCUUGUGAGUGCCAGGUGCCCAGGCUGCAGCUGCACGCAUCUUCCCGCCUCCUUGGCCAGUGCCUCCUAGGACCUUCCUCUCCAGGGCCAAGCUCAGAAACUGUGGGUCUCAGAGCCAGAAUCCAUGGAGCUGGGCCACCGACCAGGUACGACCACUUUGACAAGGACCCACCCAAACAACAAGGAGGGCCGGCAGGACACGGACUUGUCGAGAGCGGCCCUUGGCAACUUGGACAGCUCCACAUUCAAGCACCAUCCAGGGCUCUCCCAGAGCCCCCGAGACAGCCCCCUGAGCCAGGGCCACUUGGAGAUGCCACCUCCGCCGCCAUCUCCUGCCAGCAGGACUUCUCUGGCCAUGGGCUCACAGCCUGAGGACCUGAAGAAGGGGGCAUCUAGAUCCAGCUCGAGAGAAGCCAGGGAGAGCUCAGAACAGAGGACAGUGCCUCUGAGCCAGAAGGACAGUGUCAUUCCUGAAAACAUCCGCCACAAGUUUGGGAGCAAGGUGGUGGACCAUCUGGUCUCUGAGGAACAGGCUCGAAGGGCCAUUGGUGAAAUCUUUGAGGGCCAGAAGAGGUCAAGCUCAUGGCCCAGCAGGACCCAGAGCCCUGUACAAAUCUCCUCCAUCUUCGCAGACUACUAUGACCUGGGCUACCACAUGCGGUCCAAUUUGUUUCAAGGCCCACCCCAGGAGACGAAGAGCCUCAUGAAGGCUUCCUACACACCAGAGGUGAUUGAGAAAUCAGUGAGGGAUGUAGAACACUGGCAUGGCAGGAAGACGGAUGAGCUGGGACGGUGGCACCGGAAAAAUGCUAUGAAUAUGAACUUGCAGAAAGCGCUGGAAGAGAAAUAUGGGGAAAGGAGCAAAUCCAAGAACAAGUAGUUGACAGGACACUGGAAGGAAGCUCAAGGAGAGUGCUGCCAAUAAAGAAAGGCCCGGUCGGAGCCCUGCCCGUGUGCUGCUUCUCUCUGCGCUGGGAUGGGAACCCAUGAGUGGGUCUGGAGGAACUUCAGCUGGGGAAGGCAGAUGCUCUGAGCAGCUAGGAUUCCAGGACCCCCUCCUCAUGCCUUCCUCUGUGACCUCAGGAAGAGUUGGGGCAGUUGAGCCAGUGUGCCCUGGGUCACAGGUCCUCUACUGUUAAGUUAUACCCUUCAUGUGGCCCCCAGCUGAUUUUACCUGUUUCUAGAUGUUUAUUCCUCUCACAUGAACCCACAGACUUCAGAGGAAUUGGCCACAUCAUCCACCUCGUCUAACCCAGGAGUAGAUCUUAUGAUUCUCCCAUAUGCACAAAGUGAUUGGUUCAGACGUGGGCACGCGGCUCAGUUUGGGCCAGUGAGAUGGAUGGCAAAGUACAGGUGUGAGAUGUUGCCUGGUAAACACCUUUCUGAGCUGGACAUGCAGCAGAGUAUUUGUUACUCCCAACAUACUGAAUGAAGAGUCAGGAAGGCAUGCAGACCCUCUUGGCAGAUAUUUAAAAACCAGAGGAACUGUGGGCAGCUCAGCACAGUCUGUCUUCCUGGACCUUGUAGAGGUCACCCAGUUCUGGACCACAGUAGGGAUGGGUACUACUGCCGGGUUGGUUUUCACACCUUGAUGAGUACCACAUCUGAGAUGGUACCACAGAUGGAAAGGAUACUAUGGAUGGGAUGGGUACCACAUCUGAGAUGGAACCACAGUGGGAAGGAUACCAAAGAUGGAAUGGGUACCGCAUCUGAGAUAGUACCAUAGUUGGCAUGAGCAUCUCAUCUGGGAUGAGCCCUGCAGCUGGGAUGGGUACCACAGCUGGGAGGAUCAUUGUAAUUAUAAAAUAUGAAAACAUCAAUAAA